GAGGAGAGGGCGGAGUGAAGCUGCUCGGCUUUGGAGCCGCCGCUGCUGCUGCUGCUCACACCGCGGGCAGCUGGAGAGCGCUGCUUCCCUUCACCCAUCUCCUCCCCUUCACCCAUCCACACAUCUUCUCCCUUCCAUCUUCGCCCAGAAAUGGAUUGCUAGUCUAAAGUGCAAUGGAUGAAGAAUGAUGGAAACCAUUUAUUCCAUCCUCCUGCUCCUGCCGGCUCUCCACUCCCCGGCGAUAGCGAGAGCGGACAAGAAAUUCGGCUGUUUCUUUGAAGCUGACGUAUGCAACCCCUAUGAGAUUUGCGUAAACGAUGGAAUAUUCGGGAGGUGUCAGCUGGUCACGGCGAUAGACGUAUACAAAUACGAAGUUUCGCCGGACGAUCUACAGCGCCUCCGCGAAUUCCUGCAGGAACUGUCCCUCAAAGGUUUAAUGUGGCACGAUGAAGCAACGCAGCAGGUAAUUGCGAAAGAACUUUCUCGUCUCCACCUGACCCGUCACCUGCGUCCUGAAGCUGGUUCUCCAGACAGCUUGAGGGCUACGAAGGAAAAGAUGCCAAGUGAGGAAAAGUAUAAAGAGGCAGACGAUGGUGACCUGCAAAGAUUCAAGUCCCUUCAUCAAUAUAUUCACCUUCUCAACGCUCUAACCCAGCCCGAUAAUCCCAUGCCAUUUCAUAAGACCAGAACUGACAAGCAGAGUGAGUCCAUUCAGCCUGGGUUCUCCUCGCAAGAGCUCCUGCAUAGAAUCCGAGGGGGGGCACCAUCAGACUUUUACCUUGCUUCCCACCACCCGUACAGCGGUCAGGAGCACCAGCAGUUCUUCAUCCCAGCACAACAGCAGGACCAUCCCGGGAGCGGAGCGCUUGGCAAGGCACAACUGGCAGCGUUGCUGGAAGAUUACAUGGCAGCUCAGUCAGCCGAGGGGGCAAACCGCUUGCCGGUCAAACCAGACCUCCAGACAAAGGGAGCUUUGGCCGCACCAAGGAUCGAACAGCAGGAAGGUGCAAACCAGGCCAGAAGCAGGCUGCUGGACACUGAUGUGGAUGACCAUCGCCUAGGAAUGAAGGAGGAAAUUAUGCCGUACAGACCCAGUGCCAGUAGGAGCAGUGGAAAAGACCCCUUAAGUCACCUGGAUGAGAACUUAAUUCAGACUGUGGUCCAGCGAAUGGCGGCAGAACACGUGGAUCUGGACGACAUGACUUCCAACCAGCUGGACGCAUUGUCCAGUGUCAUAGCCGAUGCCCUUCAGGUUGUGGACGAUGACAAGACCGACGAGGAGGACCAAAGCUGGCGAGAAGCCCAGCAGAAGGGAGAAGAGAAAACUAUCAAUAGGGAUGAGAUUGACCAGGGAAAACAAACUGAUGACAUAAAUGAAAGGAUCUCUCUACAGAGGAAAUUUCACAAUACAGAGGAGAUGAGCAGUGAAGAGAAGAAAAGUCUUAAUGAAGUUCUGGGUCUUGAGCCCUUGUUCAUCAACUCUCAUGGGAACCAAGUCAAAAGAUAUGGCUUCUUAUCCAGUGGAACUGUUGGAUUAGAGAACGUAAAAAGCAACACUAUCACCAGAGAGGUGUCCAAUGCCAGGAAGUCCAAAAGUGGCAUUGUUGGCUUAGAAGAUGGGUCAGACUUUGAUGAUCGGGAGGUUGAUGAGAUUAUUAUGUACAAGGAAUCUCAGAAGAAAAAUUCUCAGCAUGGGGACUUGCGCCUGGACAUAGAAUCCUCAAAAAGCGACCUGUGUGGAUAUAUUGUGACAAAGCAAAACCCCCUGAGUGUAAAGAAAGGCCUGGAAUUGAUGGAAGAUUUGGCUCAUCUUCUGAAACUGCAGAUGAAUGUCUUCAGCGACGUCAAUGUGAUAGGACCAGCCGUGACCUUCCAAGUUGAUGUCAACGGUCAAAACCUGUCAACAGCUGAUGUAGUGGACAUUGCAGUGGCCAACAAAGAAAAACUGGAAAAAGAAACGGGAUUAAAAAUCUUACAAACUGGCGUGGGGGAGAAGAGCAAGCUGCGUGCAUCCCCCCACUGGGCCAGCGAGGAGGACUCGACCAAGUUUAUUGUCUUAACGAUUAUCUCCAUCGUCUGCAUCAUCGGGGUACUUAUUGCAUCAGGGAUCAUCUAUUGCCUGAGGCAUCGUUCUCACCACAAGCUGAAGGAGAAGUUGGGCGCGCUGGGACAUGAUGCCACGGCCAGCUCGGAUGCCACCAACGCCUACCAGGAGCUGUGCCGCCAGCGGAUGGCGAUCAAGACGUCGGAGCGGCAGGAGACGGCCCACGCCUCUCGCGUCAACAGCGUCUCCUCUCAGUUCAGCGACGGCCCCCAGCCCAGCCCCUCCACGCGGAGCAGCACCUCGUCCUGGUGCGAGGAGCCUGUCCAGUCCAACAUGGACAUCUCCACCGGACACAUGAUACUGUCCUACAUGGAGGAUCACCUGAGAAACAAGAACCGUCUGGUGAAAGAAUGGGAAGCUCUGAGCGCUUAUCAGGCAGAGCCCAACAACAGCAGCAUCGCGGACCGAGAGGAGAAUGAAAAGAAGAACAGGACUCGUGUGGUGGUGCCAUAUGAUCACUCCAGAAUAACGCUCAAGGCUGAAUUGAGUCAUUCGAACUCCGACUACAUCAACGCAAGCCCUAUUAUGGACCAUGAUCCCAGGAACCCCGCCUACAUCGCUUCUCAAGGACCACUUCCUGCCACGGUGGCUGAUUUUUGGCAGAUGGUUUGGGAGAACGGCUGUGUGGUUAUCGUCAUGCUGACACCCUUAACGGAAAAUGGAGUCAAGCAAUGCCACCAUUAUUGGCCAGACGAAGGUUCAAACCUCUAUCACAUCUAUGAGGUCAACCUGGUCUCGGAGCACAUCUGGUGCGAAGACUUCCUGGUGCGCAGCUUUUACCUCAAGAACCUCCAGACCAACGAGACCCGCACGGUGACGCAGUUCCACUUCCUAAGCUGGUUUGACCUGGCUGUGCCCUCGUCCACCCGCACCCUCCUGGACUUCCGCAGAAAAGUGAACAAGUGCUACAGGGGACGCUCCUGUCCGAUAAUCGUUCACUGCAGUGAUGGGGCUGGAAGAACUGGGACCUACAUUCUGAUUGAUAUGGUUCUGAAUAGGAUGGGCAAAGGUGCUAAGGAGAUUGAUAUAGCUGCUACACUGGAACAUCUGCGAGAUCAGAGACCCAUGAUGGUACAGACUAAGGAGCAGUUUGAGUUUGCGCUGACGUCGGUAGCUGAGGAGGUGAACGCUAUCCUGAAGGCCCUUCCGCAGUGAGAAGCCACCAGAGAUCGCAUCUCCUGGAUCCAACACCUUAAUCCUGCUGGUCUCCAUGACUGUUGUAGAAACGUGCUCUGAUCUUAGCUGUGUAACUUUUUACGUUAACAACUUUAGAAAGUGUGUCCCUUCAACAUCUGUAUUUGAUGCAAUUCUUAGCUCAAAACAAUAAUCUCUGAACGGUUUCAAAGUAGGAGGAACUAAGUGUUUGUAUAUAUGCUUUUUUGGGACAGGACAGAACUAGAAACAAUAGCCCUCAAAGGAGAUAAUCUGGAAUCACACAGAUUUUAGUCAUAGAACAUAGAAUAUAGUACAACAUAGGAACAGACCCUUCGGCCCACGAUGUCUUUGCUGAACAUGAUGCCAAAUUGACUUUAAUUCCUGCUGCCUACACAUUAUCUACACUCAUCCAAUCAUUAGCAAAUUUGAAGUAUUUUGCAAAAGGAACCUGUUAAUUCUUUAUUAAUUUCAGUGUUAGACCAAAAUAUGGCGAGGCUUCUCAGUAUUAUUUUCACAGUGUAUUAAAUCAGUUGAUGAAUCUGAUUGGUAUUUCAUAAUACUCGUGUGAUUCCACCUCUGCAAGAAGUAAUCUCACCAUUGUGCCACAGUAUCUGACCUCACACAAAAGGAGUGCAACUUUCAGCUGUGGUCCCGUCUAGUAGGCAAUAGACAAUAGGUGCAGGAAUAGGCCAUUCGGCCCUUCGAGCCAGCACUGCCAUUCAAUGUGAUCAUGGCUGAUCAUCAUCAAUCAGUACUACGUUCCUGCCUUCUCUCCAUAU